ACUAACGAGAUGGCUUUACAACGUUUCUGAUCCCCGAAAGUGAUGGAGCGGUAGUGCAAAUUGUAAGAGGGAAAGAUUGUUGCUGGUUCGAAAAAGAAAUUUUGAAAAUGGAUGGAAUCCAGGGACUGGUGGCGGGCGCGCUGCUGCUCGCGAGUGUCGGCAGCAGCCUGCAGGUGCCGCCCAGCUCGUCCGAGAAGAUCUGGGAGGAGCUGACCAACGUCAAGAUCAUGAUGUCCACCAUAUCGGAGGAGCUGCAGAAGUUCAACACGCUGUACCUGAACAAGCUGGAGUACCGCAUGGUGUCCACGGCCACGGUGCUCGCGAGCCUCGACAGCAACGUGCGCAACCUGCAGGAGCGCGCGCACGUGUGGGACACCUUCCAGCUGCACGUGGCCGCCUGGAACGACCAGAUCAGCUCCCUCGACAGCAAGAUCGACAUCCUCAGCAGGGGGCAGGAGAAGAUGGCGGCGCUGGAGGGCAAGGUGGGCUCGCUGGCCGGCCUCGAGUACAAGGUGGAGCGCGCGGCGGAGCGCCUGGGCGAGGCGGCGGACCGCCUGGCGGCCGUGGGGCGAGGCCUGGAGGACCGCGGCGCGGCGCCCCUGCUGGGCGAGUUCGCGGGUCGCGGCGCGCUCAGCACGCUGCGGCUGCUCGAGAGGAAGGUGGACCGCCUGCUGGCGGCGCCCAGGGCCGCGGGCGCCGAGGGAGACCACGACCAGCAGGGCCGGCUCGUGAUCCGCUGCAACACGCCCGUGCUCGUGGAGGACCUGCUGAAGGACGUGUCGGCCAAGGUGGACGUGAUCUUCGACCAGACGGUGAAGGAGGAGGGCGACCCGGAGCUGCAGCGCACCAGCAGCGCGGAGCUGGCCGAGGAGCUGAGCCUGCCGCCCGGCUCGGCGCUGCUCGACAAGCUGUGGAAGCGGCUGACCAACCCGUGCAAGAAGUCGACGCGCGCGCUGGAGGCGGCGCGGCAGGCGCUGGACGCGCUCGGCAACUGGACGGCGGCGGCGCUGGACGAGCAGGCGGGCGCGCUGGAGCGGGUGUCGGGCAGCUGCCUGGCGUCGGGCCGCCGCCUGGGCGACACCGAGCUGCUGCUCAAGAGGACCGAGGCGGCGCUGCAGGACCUGGUGCGCCGCGACGACCGGCGCCUGCAGGAGAUGUCCGGCCUGCUGGAGCAGCAGAAGGAGCUGCUGAGGUCCGCGCAGUGUCCGCGCGUCGCGACGCCCCGGCCGCGCCUGGACGAGGGCAGCGGCGACUACGAGUUCCUGCCCGGCCGCGAGGACGCCGAGGACGGCGACGUGGCGGAGGUGGCGGGCGGGGAGGCGGCGCGCGCCGCGAGCUGCGAGGAGCUGUCGGCGGCGGCGCCCGCCCCCGCGGCGGGGGUGUUCGCUCUCGGCGGCGCGCGCGAGCUCAACGAGAGGGCGCGCGACUUCAACACCAGAUACUGCGAGACGAGCGCCGCCGGCGGCGGCUGGACGGUGAUCCUGAGGAGAGGCCAGUUCGCCGGGCCGCGGCAGAACUUCACGCUGCCGUGGGACGACUACCGCGCGGGCUUCGGCGACCUGGACCGCGAGUUCUGGUUCGGCAACGACUUCAUACACAGGUUGACGGCGGCCCAGAGCUCCGUGCUGCGGGUCGAGCUGGAGGCCUUCGACGGGAGGAGCGCCUGGGCGGAGUACUCCUACUUCAGGGUGGACAACGAGGAGCGCGGCUACCGGCUGACUGUCGGGGGCUACGCGGGCAACGCCACGGACUCCCUGGCCGAGCAUAACAGCAAGCCCUUCAGCACGGUGGACAGGAAGAACGACGAGGCACCGCCUUGCUGCCCUUGCGCCCCGGCCUUCGGCGGCGGCUGGUGGUUCUCCGGGUGCUUCGAGGCGAACCUGAACGGCGUGUACUACUCGCCGGAGGAGGAGGUGCGCAGGGACCAGUUCCGCGGCAUCAUCUGGGAGCGCUGGCUGGGCGACGAGUCCCUGCGCGCCGCGCGCAUGAUGGUGCGGGCCCGCGGCUACAGCCCGCGCGGCGAGGACGAGGUGCGGCCCCUCGACGUGCCCGAGGACCCCUAGCCCCGUGUCGGCCCCGAGUCCCGCCGAUCUAACACCUCAGCCCUCGUUGGCGGGAGUCAUCUCGCGAAUGUGCAACAUCACGCAGGCACAGGGAAACAUCUUUAUAGUAUUAACUGUUUAAUGAGUUUUAACAAGUUAGGCAGCAUUUUUAAUAACAUUCCUGGUAGAAAAUCAGGUCUUAAGCCGAGAUAUUAUCUUUGAAAGAUUUGUGCAAUGGGAGUGCAUAACUUGAUGUAAGUUUCAACCGUUGUGCUGAAUUUUUUUGGGUUCAAUAUGUCUGUGUCGUCAUCAUUUGUGGGGUUUUUUCGUUCUAUUAGUACAUUUUCUUUGUUUUUCUUUGUUUGUUGACCUUAUUCCUGUUACGGAAUAUUUUUUGGUGUUUAUAUCCUUGUUGACAACAGCCAUUUGUUUUGCUUAAUUUUGUGUUUUUUUGUCUUUUUGGGGUAUUUUUAUUUUUUUAAUUUUUUUAUUUUUUAGUUUUUAUUCAGCAGAAAAAGUUCUUAGCAAUGGUGUAUGUCCAAAAACUUACAUCAAGUCUAAAGCCGAGGUUUUGUGUUUUUCCAACUUUUUUUAUUUUUAGUUUUUAUUGGAGCCGUUUGAUACGUAUUUUAAAAUUUUGGCCUGCUAAUCAAAUGAUUCAGUAGUUGAAGUAUAGCUGCUCCGGCAGCGAAUUCUAUCGGCGCGUGCGGAAACUACGUGUGAUUUUUUUUGUCAAAAAAUGCAGUUGAAAAAAAAAAAAACAAUUUGUGUAUAUUUUUUCACGCUCAGCACUAUUUUAAAGAAUUCUACGUUAAAUUAGGUGUUAAGAGUUCGGUAUUAUAAGUGUAAUUGCAACACGAGAACACGUGAAUAUGCUCGUUACCGAGUUCAGAUGUUACACAUCACUGGCGAGUACUGAAAGACUCGCUCGCAUUAUUUUUUAAAACAUAUGUUACUUAGGAAUGUUACAUAAACAAAAUUCUCCCAAAUUUAUUUGAUAUAAUUUUUUUUUUCGGGAGGCUAGAUUUUCGCAAAACUAAAAUGAACGGUAACUGAUUUUAACUUAGGGUUUCUUGUUUAGUUUAGUGCUGUUACCUGAAUUAUAUGUAAAAAUCGUUCAAUAAUACGUCAAAUAAUAGUCAAGAGUAUUAAAAUAAUUUAAAAAAAUUCGUUCUGGAUUUUUACCAUCACGGGAGAGUAGGGUUCCACACGUCUAGGUAAUCGUAAAGGCUGGGCUACAGUCGCAAUAGCGCGCGCACAGCACAGACGGACGAAAGUCGAAUGCACACAAACAGAUAGCAGCUGUCACAUUGUAAAUAAACAUACGCACAGCACAACAGUACGCGCAUGGUGCUCGCAAAGUUGUCAAACUUUUGACUUUUCUCGGGGCUGUGCGCCGAUUGGUGUACACUACGUCAGCAGCAUCGACUAACUGACGGUUAUUUUGAUAUGUGCAUUUCAAAUAUAAAGAGUGAAAUUAAGUCUAAUAUGUAUUUAUUUACGAGAACUUCUUUGUUCUUCAUUAUUCCUAAACGUUAGGAACAAAACGAGAAAUUAAAUAGUUGCAUUGAUGUAAACAAGUGCUUCUGUAAACUAUAGUUGACAAAUCAUUUGAAAAUAAAAUUUUCGACAUAAGUAAACGAUGUAAAAAUCUGUUUGAUGUGUGGUGUGUGAAUGUAACUUCGAUUUAUAUGGUGUGCUAUUUACCUAUCAUGCUGUUUGCAUGCUAUGCGAAUGUAGCCUAAGCUUAACUACAAUGAAUUGUUGAGGUUAGAUCAGCAACAUUAAAAAUACUAUAGAAUGGUAAAAAUUUAUUGAAUCUCGCAAAACUAUGUUUUUUUAUUGUGACUGCAAAGUUGCACGAGAAACGGCAAACUUCGGAUGUGUGCGCGACUGAUUGGGGCUCAAUGAAUCGCAGGCUUCCCGCAGUACAACACGGUACUGUGGAGUACUAAAAGUAAUGUGUACCUCAUUGAAACAAACAAGUAAAAUAUAGUGAAGAAUCAAACUUAAUUAAAAACAUUGAUACACAGCAUAAGUGUUUGUGUGUUCACAGUAAUAUUGGAAAAUGUAUAAUUUUUAUUAUCGUGGUGUUAGAAAAAUAAUUUUGGCUACUGGUUACAGAAGUAUUAUUUUGUAAACCAUGCUGCUACAAUCUAUUUCUUUGGAAAAUAGUUGCCAAUUAUGAUUUUGUCAAACAUUCCUAGAAUAGCAGUGUAAAUUUUACACCGCACUGCUGUCGGACAAGUAAGAAUAUAACUGAUGCUUUGUAAAACAAAACAAAAAAAGCCUAUGUUUACUGUAUUUACACAAUAUUUAAUGAACUUUGAUACAUUACCUUAAUUCUGAAUGUUACAAAAAUAUGACGCUGUAAAAUAAACAACAUUUUCCUCUGAUGUGUUACAAAAACGAUAUUGGCAGCUUGUUUCCAAAUAAUUGUUUUGUAAAACGUAUAAAACAUUUUGCCUUUUUUUUUUUGUACACCAUCUUUGUAAAUGAACUUUUUAAAAAAAAUCAUUUCAUGCAGUAACCCCCUGACCCUUCCAGAAUUGUUAGUCUGAGCAACGAGCGGAGAGCAGGUUGUAUAAAUAAAAAAUGACUGGCUGCCGCGCGGAAUCGAACGCACGCAAUGCAUGUCGCCAAGAGUACUAGCUUUGAGGAACUGCUUGGAAAACAGUAGCAUCUUUUAUUCCGGAUCAUCAGUACGCGUUAUCAUUGAUUGAAGUAAAAAUAAGCAAAAUAGUCGAGAAAUUUACUUCUUGAAUCACUUGGAGGCAGCACGCGAGAUGUGGUACUGAGCUAGGAAAGGGUUUCAUUAGUGUCUGUUUCACCACGAACUAACCGAAGCUGCAGAGUGCAUUCCUGCUUCACGGAGAAAGGUAUCCUACUCGCCAUCGCAGUUUCUGUACUUGUGCCUUAGUGAAGUUAGCGUUGGGGCACAGCUGUGGGCACGGGCUAGUUCAUUAUUGGUCACAGCUAAUUAUGCGCCGAGAAACAGAGAACGUGGCAAACCAAGACCUAAUUGUCAGUGGGGUUCAAAUCGAAGCAAAACCAACCAUUGUGGAACCAGUCCUUAAUUUUACAACUUUUUUGAUCGCCGCAGCCUGGCCACAGAAAACCACCUGAACAGUUCCAUUUGAAUUUGAAGCCGAUAAGGUACUCAACGUUUUCACUUUGAAUAUUGUAUAAACACUAUUUCACUACCCCUCGAGGGUAAAGUGACUGGCACUGUCACAAAAUCUUUUAUGAAUGGUUAGAUUCCUUAGAAGAAUCAUAAGCCAAAAUGGGCGUCAAUUGAUGUAUAAUUUAAACUGUUGAAAAUAUGAUUACGAGAUGUAAAUAUAUGAAAUAAAAUUAAUAACAAUUAAA